AUUAGACUGAUACUUCAUCUAAGGUAUAUAAAGAGCGAUUUCGUUUGGAGUAGGCAUGCAUGCUUACCAUUUGACUUUGUGACAGUAGAAAUUCUUCUUACCAAGAUGAUCUAUCUUCUUCUUAUUCUUAUGUCAGUAGUCAUUGCCCAAAUCUAUACUAUUCACCAAAGGGACUACGUCCAGGAACACAAUAUCAUUCGAUCAAAUGUGAGUCCACCAGCAGCUUACAUGAAGAAACUGAUAUAUUCGCUGGAACUUGAAUUGAUCGCACAGAGACAUGCAAAUAGUUGUUCAUUUGACAACAACGACCACCGAUCAAUGCAAUCACCAACUUUCAGCCGGGUUGGCGAAAAUAUCUUCUAUGGGGCAAAAGAGAAGACUAUUUCUGAUGCCAUUCAGUACUGGGAACAACAAGGAAACUAUUACAACAUCCGGAGUAAUGAAUGUCAAACGUUCAAAUUCUGCGAAUUGUACACACAGGUCACAUGGGCUGAUUCAGAAUAUAUCGGUUGUGGAAAAGCUGAAUGUGGGACGAAAACAUUUAUAGUCUGCGAUUACGGACCAAGCAGUGAUUUGUACAGCAGACCGUACACUGGAGGUGUCAGUUGUAACGCAUGCCCAAUAGGGUAUAUGUGUGAAAAGAAUCUCUGCAAGAAAUACUUUUGAAUCGUGCAGAUUGUCAGAUUGUAAAGACACAGACAAAUGAAAAGUUUGGAAAUGUGUGAUCAUACUGUUUUAUAAAAUAGCUAUUUCUUGUACAAAUAAAUAUCCUAAACAUUCCUAAAGAAGUUAUUAGUGUUCAUAUAUCUACAAGUAUAAAAACGAGCUCAUUGUAAUAAAGACUUACUGCAUAUUUGUUAUUAUUUCGUCGAUCGACAUCUUUCUGUUUUUCUUUGUUUGAAUUCAUACUUGAUACGCAACCUUCAUAUUCAUGCUUAACCGAAAUCCUAGAAUUUUAUAUUUCAUAUGAUAUACAGUCAUAAUUCAGGCAUAAUUAUUUCAAGACUGUAAUUUUUUAUACUUCAUUAUCAAAUUUUGGCACAAUCAUAUUUGCAGAAUGGCGAGUGUUGGUAAAAACCAAUACUGUAUAAAAUUGUUUUGAAGCAUUA